AUGAACACCUUACAUUUCUACACCAAACGCAUCUUCGCCUUGGUGUGUUUGUUCUUCUUCGGAUUCUUGAUUCUAAUCGCAUCCCGAGGGCCGACUGAGUCGGCAGACGCCGAGUUUAGCAGUAAAGGUGAGUGCUUCGUCGAUUUUUGAACCUUUUUGAUACAAUCUUUCUGAUUUAUUAUCCAAAAUCUGGAGGAAGUUUGGGCGCAGCUCGCGAGUUUUGCAUAAUUCUGUUUUUUGCUCCGAAAUGGCGGAGAACUUGAUGGAUCGGAUUGAACUUGAUGUAAUUACGUAAUGUCGUCUUUCUAGAAUGGAUCAAUCAGAAACAGAAUCGCGAAUAUGCUAAACAUCCCAAAUUCUUGGGCCCAAUGGCUAAACGGCCGGGCGAACAGCUUUCCUUCCAACCUCAGCCUGCUCCAGCCGCUGGAAUUGGACUAGUCCCGUACAGCGAACUUGGUAAGACUCUUAUCUUUCUUUGCUUUGUCUUUCAAGGCGUUUUUUGUCUGCUUUCACCGGAGUUUUUUUGAUAUUACUAUUGUUACCUAAAUUAAUUCCAGAUAUUCCUCGGAAUAUCGACGAAGAAGUGGUCCGUCGGCUGAAUGUGCACCUCAAUGGAAUUGAUCUCGAGAAAAUGUCGCGGAAAGAAUGUGCGACAAAUACGACAUUGGCCAAAUAUUGGUCGGAUACGCAGGGAAGAGUGGUGCCGCAGAAGGAUAAUUGGGAAAAAUUCUAUGCCAAUAUCGGAAGUUGUGAUAUCUACAGGGACGAAUCACAAGUUCAAGACCUCCUGGACGAUUUGAAUAGGAUACCAUUGAAACAUGUGGCCAUUAUGGAGGGAGGAACACAGGUAAUUAUAUUGCACUAGGCGUUUUGAUGGGACUUUUGAUUUUUUAGGUGGUUUUUGAUAGAGGUUAUAAAGUAAAUUGCUUCUAAGUCCUUAUUUAUGGUAUUUAACAUAUUUUUAUGCGGGUUUUAUUCCAGAUCAAGCUGAUCUUUACCUUCGAAAAUGACAAACAAGCAGUUUUCAAGCCGAUGAGAUAUGGGCGCGAUUAUGAGACGGAUCCCAACCAUUUCUACUUUGGCGACUUCGAACGUCACACCGCAGAGAUUGCCACCUUCCAUUUGGACAAGAUUCUAGGCUUUCGGAGAGCCGUUCCAACAGCUGGUCGAGUAGUUAACAUCACUGGAGAACUCCUCGAAAAGGCCGAGAAACGUCUGAAAAAGACUUUCUUUGUUUCACCAGCGAAGAAUCAAUGUUUUGUGGGGAAAUGUGACUAUUAUUGUGAUACGACACAUGCGAUUUGUGGGGAUCCCGAUCUAAAAGAAGGUUCGGUUCAAAUGUUCUUGCCAGAUGAUACGAGUGUGCCCAGGAAGCAUAACAAAUCCCCUUAUAGACGGUAAUUUUUUGUGUUUUCUUUUGCCUAGAGUGAUUUUUAUUGCAUAAUCCGCCUUACAUCCAAACUUUUUACUCUAUUUUAUAUUUAGGACCUACUCCAAGAAGACCCAGCUUGCCCAAUGGCAAACGGACAUGAAUUACUGUGAAGCCAAAGUCAAGACCAAGAUGCCCUAUGCUCAUGGUCGAAGUCUUCCGGACUUCAUUGAUCUCCAUAUCCUCGAUUAUCUCAUCGGAAAUCAAGAUCGUCAUCAUUACGAAACCUUCAAUGUUUUCGAUGACAUGCCACCAUAUUCAAUGCAUCUAGACAAUGGAAGAGCGUAAGUGAAUCAAAUUGAGUCCGUAUCAUUUAUUUUUAGGUUCGGAAAGACCAAAUUUGAUGAUGAAGAUAUUUUGAUGCCAUUGAAGCAGUGCUGUGUUAUAAAGCCCAGCACUCUAGCAACUUUGCUGAGGUAUUACAAAGGCCCUAAGAGCUUGACGGAAACUUUGCAUGAGUAGGUUGCGCAUUUUUUAUAUUAUUUUGACAAAAAUUUUGCUCUGGUGUCAAGUGUAAUAUAAUUUUAACCCCGAAAAUUUUCCAGAUCCCUCAGCAAAGAUGCGAUUGCUCCAGUAUUGGCCUACAAGCACUAUCCAGCCAUGGAGCGACGAUUAGGAAAGAUUAUGCAUAGUGUUUUGGAGUGUUUGGACGAUAGAAAUGGCCCAGAGAACGUGGUGAUGAAUGAGUUCCACAACCCGAAAGUUUAUCAAUUCCCGCUUCAAAAACAUGAUGAAGAUGAGGAUGAGACCGCUCCAGAACAACAUCCCGCCCCGCCAGCCGAUCCGCAACAUCCAGAACAAGAGCAUCCGGGGGAAAAUCAAGGGCCUCCGGGUCUGUUGCCAAAACCCGUGGAAGGGCUGUUUAAACCCGUCGAAAAACCGCAGCAGGUCGCCAAUCCGGACGGCCAUAGGAUGGAAGAGUCAGCGUAG